AUGGAAGCGAGAGCCGCGAGACUUCAAGCUGCUCAACAAUUGGCGAGGGAACAACGAGCACAACAUCGGGCGCGUCGCCUCAGAAGAUCUCCAGAAUCUCCAGAACGUUGGGUUUUGCCACCGAGAGGACGGGCGGACCGAAUCGCCGAACGACUUGCGGAGGGGCUCGCGGCCCGACCGAUUCAACCUGAAGUCCAACCUGAAAUCGAAGAAGCGGUGCAACCGGUGCAACCAGUCCAACCAGUCCAACCAGUCCAACCGGCCGAACCUGUCCGACGACGAAGACUACAGCCAGAUUACGCAAGGAGUCUAGAAAUUGCCCGGAGAGCCGAAGAUAUGAAUCGUCUUCGGCCGUGGGGACGGAAUCCGGAUCCGUCGGAAAUGCGUCCGAACACCGACGCCGAGAGGUUGAUGCUCGCCGACCUGCUCCGCGGCUGGCCCGUUCUUCCGUACGACCAAGCGGAAACGAGGCCCAUGACGGACGACGAAUUCGAUCGAUUUGUGACUCAAAUCCGCACGGUGCACAUCCGACGUGGCCCCGCACUCGAUCCGCCUCACAUUAUUCAACUCCUUAAGCUGAACCUGCCCUACACACUGCGCAUGCCACACUUCCGACGGACUUGUGCGUUGAUCGGAACGGAAGGUGCGGAACGGAGAAGCGAGGUGAUGGGGCUGGUUGAACUGGAGGCGCAAUGGGAAUCUCCGGCCGCUGCUUCACCACCACCACCACGGCGUGUCCGGCUCAACCCGCAGGAUCCGAUUCGAUUAAGCGAUCGACGGGCCCUAUAUGAUCGUGCUCGGGAUGCCGGACGAGCGUUACCGGCAAUGCGUCCACCGCUUCGACCCAACUAUUAUACGGUAAAAGAUUUGAAAGUGUAAAGAUUGAAAUAGUUUGUAUUUUCAGGUGCAAGAAGGUCGGCUCCACCUACCCAGCGAGAAGGACAGCAACUACAAGACAUGGAAUGUAAGUUGGGGACCAAUAUUUUGUUUACAAUUGUGACUAUUUGUAAUUCAAAGCUAACUUUGAUGAAAGAAACCGUUAACCCCUGCAUUUUCUAGGCAGCGGACCUCCAAAACUGGCUGUCCCGCUUCAUAACCAACCGCAGGACGUUGCGACUGCUGAACCGUUGCAGCGGAGCCGAUCUGAAGCGCAUCGUGGACCCGGAUGUCGCGCUCACAGAGUUCCUACUCUCCGUCGACAAUUUUCUGCUGAUCGAGAACAACGCGCGGCUCGUUUUCAACGAUUUCCGCCGUCAAAAGUACCAGCGACGGCUUGCGGCCUACAAUCAAUCGAUCCUACAGUGGCAGAGAACGAAUCCGGGCGUCCCGCUCCCAUUAGACCGGCUCAGAGCCUGA